AUGAAGUUCUUUACUUGCAGCGUCAUCAUGUCUGUAUUUCUACAAGUCUGCAGCCAAAAUCCUCUGCGCUAUUGGACUCUGCUCCCCAACAUUCUGGUUGUGGAGGUGAACGGCUCUCUGGGCCAGCAGCCCCUGAGCUGCUUGGGCUCGCCACAGGAGGGGACGAGGAAAGACGACAAGAGUCAGGACAUUAUUUGGAGGAAGAAUGGAGUAGUGGAAGAACAGAGGGGAAACUCGUACUUGGUGCAGCUGGAGGAAAGUUUAGGUGGGGGCAACUACACAUGCCACAGAGAGGACGGAUCACUGGUCAAUCACACUGUGGUUCUGAUACAGGAGGACCAAACCGAGAGGAGGAAGAUUCUUGUGAAAACUGAUCAAGAGGAUUACUUGACGUGCUUGGCUCAAAAUUACAACGGAGAGUUUCACUGCUCUUGGACCUGGAACAGAAAUCGUGUUGGCAAAGUAGCAUUGAUCCAGGUUGGGCGCAUUUCUAACGACAGUGACGCCCAGUGUUCUGUGGACGUCAGUACCCAGCGCUGGACGUGCUCCUCAGGUCAGAGUAACUUCAGCUGCUCAGUCGAUGAACAUGGACACAGGAUCUCCUGCCGAGACGAGCAGCACUGCCCCUACGCUGAGGAGAUCCAGCAGAUCUACGUCACUUUGUACGUGAGGACCGAGCAAUUCUUGGUGGAGAACUACUCUAAACAGUUUUACCUGGCAGAGAUAGUGAAACCUGACAUGGUGAGGAUAAGUGAGGUCAACACCUCAAUGAUUGAGUGGAGUUACCCGAGCUCGUGGAGCAGUCCCUACUCCUACUUCCCUCUUACUUUCCAGAUCUCACAGUUCAGGCGGGGAUGCAAAGGGUGUGACAACCCCUGCACUGAGUCAAAACCUGCAAAGACCCUGAUGGUCCAUUUCACAGACGUUUGCCAAUUUAAAGUCAAGCACAAGGCCAAGGCUGUGUGUGUCCGAGCAAAGGAUGCUCUCUGUAACUCCCAGUGGAGCGAAUGGAGCCACCUCAGAUUGAGGAGAAACAAUAAGAACAAACACCGGCAAAAUGAUAAACAAGGGUAACAGAAAAGCGAGGAUCCAAACAUUUGACAUCUUUGACUUUGUAAAGUUUUGCUCAUCUAUAUGCUUUUA